AUAUGACAAUUUCAUUAUUCGCCAUCUUGCGUGGAAGAACAGAGGAGUAGCAUUAACUAAAUCAAUUAUAUUUAUUUUUCUGGUUUACUUUUAUUCUUUUACAUCAUAAAAAUGGCCGAAUUCAAUGCAGACGCACCUCCAUACACAUCUUUUUUUGGAGUAAUGGGUGUUACAUCCGCCAUGGCGUUUUGUGCCUUGGGAGCUGCUUAUGGAACAGCUAAAUCUGGUACUGGUAUCUCAGCUAUGGCUGUUAUGCGACCAGAAUUAAUUAUGAAAUCCAUUAUUCCAGUUGUCAUGGCUGGUAUUAUUGCUAUUUAUGGUCUUGUAGUAGCUGUUGUAAUUACACAGAAUAUCACCAAUGAUAGUUCUUACACAUUAUAUAAGAGUUUUCUUCAUCUUGGAGCUGGAUUAAGUGUAGGUUUGAGUGGAUUAGCAGCUGGUUUUGCUAUCGGUAUAGUAGGGGAUGCUGGUGUGCGUGGUACUGCUCAACAACCUAGGUUAUUUGUCGGCAUGAUUCUCAUCCUUAUUUUUGCUGAAGUAUUGGGUCUGUACGGACUUAUUGUUGCCCUUAUUUUGUCUGUCAAACAGUGAUUACAUUCGUUAUUUAGUUAUAAAUUAAACAAGAAUAUGGUAAUGAUGAGAGGAAAGACGAUUCUAAAUCUAUAUGUGUAACGGGUCUACUUUCAUCUCGUUGUUCCUGUUGACUUUGUUAAUAUAGAAAGCUUUAUAAAGUUAACACCUUCCCUGCUUUCUAAAUUAACUACCAUCAUGCUUUAUGGUUCAUAAGACAGCUUGGUUCUAAUAAACUAUCAAUUUAUUCUUACUAAACACGCUAGAGGGUUGAAAUUCCUUUAUUAUUUAAAACUGGUGAUACUAAUAUUACAUUAACCAAAUGUGUGUGUUGUGAACCAUAAAGAUUGAUUAUUAUUAUUAUUAUUUAGAACAAAUUUAUUCAAUACGACAAUGAGUUAAAAAGAAAUAAACAACCGCCAGUGAUUAAGGCAUUGAAUAAUAUAUGUACAUGUUGACCUAGAAUAUGUAUAUAUCCGUCAUUCUUGUAAGUAAAUUUCCUUUUGUUUUUCAAGUCAUGUAUGAUUGUAUUUUUUUUUUGUGUGUACUAUGUUAAUUAGUGAUGUGUGAGGACUUGUCACACAGGUGUUAAUGUAAUAAUUAAUUUGAGCACUUUGCCAAACUUCAUAAUAUAAACUAAUGUUAUUUAAUAAUAAUUUUGGAUCCAGAUAAGAUAAUAAAAGUUUAAGAGCUUUUUAUGUACAACUUGCCUCUGUCUAAUAUUAGUGCUCGUACACAUAGGAGCGCAUAUUAUGAUAUUAAUUCUUAUAAACCGACCUACUUGAUCUAAUAUUUUGAUAUUAACUCUUAUAUCUUACGUGUGACUUGGUAUCACACAUUAGAUACAUGAUCUAAUAUUUUAUAAUCUUGAAUGAUAUAGGCUAUAUUUGCCUCCUACACAAUGGCUACAUGUACAUGUAUACCCAGCAUUUACCAAUGUACAAGUAAAUUAAUUGUAAAUACAAAGUCUUUAAAUCAAUGGAUUUACUUUAAAAAAUUAUUAAAUAAAGAAAUUGGGGGAUUUAAUGUUUUUACUUUUUUUGUUAAUUGAUCAUUAUUUCGUAGCUUGAUUCAUCCUCGUGCAUCAUGUCUUUAUUAUGUUGAAAAAUGGGAAAACCAGACUUUAAUAAGGAAAGUGUUUUGUAUGUAGUUUCGAACAGGUAGAUUCAACCGUACAUGUAACAUUCCAUCUAAACACUGUGCUAAAUUUAUUUUGUUUGUGUGAUCGAUACAUGGUAGAUUUAUUGAAUUAUUAAAUCAUAGGAUAGUAAAUAUUGUAAGUAUUGUUAUUUUAUGUACAGAUUGAUUGUAAAUUGUUUCUUGAUGCAUGCAACAAACUUUUUCAACGCAUUCAAGAUGGCGAAUCAUGAAUUUUUAACCAGAACCACACAUAAAAAUGUCAAAAUUUAAAGAGACAGUAUCAGUCAUGUUUUUAAAAUAUUCUGAAUUGGUUAGCCUCUGCCGGUUUUAUUAUUGUGAUGUGUUAUAAUAAUAGAAUUGGUAGUGUGGUUAUUUAAACUUACUGCUCAGAUAAUAUAUUAUGUAGAUAUAGAGAUUUAUGUUUGUGUUUUAGAACACAACAUGUACAAUGUAUUAUGUUCAUUGUAAUUAAAUAAAUAUCAUAAUCUAAUAA